AAAAUGGAUGCGGUACUGCUGGAACGUGAACGUGUCCUGUUCCGAAUGAACGAGGAAAUAAAUGCCAAAUCCAGAGGAUUGUUCGAACUGAACGAAAACGCUAGCUGGAUGAGUACUAAAAGACGUAUGAGAAAUAAUAAUCGUAAGAUGAACAAUAGUUCAGCAUUGGCUGACAAUUCGGAAACCAGUUCCGGUGAUGGAGGAAACAAGGAGAAUGAUAGUGAUCGGACUACCAAUCCAUCGGAUACGGAAACGGAGUUCAACGACAUCUCUCACUGUACGGAUGAUAAGUUCCACGAUAGUGAAAAGGAUUCUAACUCGUCGGAUGGGACCCAACAGGAUCUGCAGGUUGUGAAGAGUAGCGACAAAAAGAUCAAUAAUAAAAUCGUUGUCAAGCAGACUGGAAGCGCGAAAAAUGUGAACAAGAACAUGGCCGAUGUGGUACCGAAAGUUUUAGAAAAGAAAAAUAUCAGCUCGGAGGGAUUGAUUAAGUUCCUCAAGUCCAAGGUUGCCAUCAUUCAUACGGAGCUGGAAACCGUUCAGAAGCACAACGAGGCAAAUGUGAAAGAUUUGAAUUUGGCCUUGGAUCGAUUGAAACAGCUGGAUAAUUUUAAGGAGCAACUGCUGACGAAGAAUGCUGCUCUGGAAAGAACGAUUAAAAAGUUUGAAGAUCGUAACUUGGAACUAGACAAGUUAGUUAAGGAAAAAGAUGUACACAUUCUCAACGCAGCAAAAGAGCUAUCAACAGCUCGGACGGAUAUUCGCUGUUUGACUCAAAACAACCAAAAUAUGGAAAAGAAGCUAUUCAAAGCACAGGAAGAUAUCGACGGUCUUAAAAUAAAAUUAACCAUCACCAAUGAUGCUGAAAAGGAAACUCGGGAUGCAGCCCGUCAGGAGCGAUUAACCUACGAAAAACAAAUUAAGCAAUUAAGGAAACAAAGAAGCGAGGUAUUGACCGAUUACAAGAAGCUGCUGUUGGCCGUAGAUCAGAUGAAGAAGCAAAAUUUCCACCUGGAUCAAGCACGCCUCAUUAGCGACUUCGAGCAAGAUUAUUUCAGGCAUUUGGAUGAUGGUUCGUCCGUUUCCCUGUCCCAUUGAAUUACGUGUGCGUUGCUCUUUAAUAGGAAAUAGCUACUCAGAAGUGCUGUGUGUUUUGAAAAGUUUUAGAAUUUUUUGUACAGCAACACUAUAUUCUAAUUAUCGAAUCGUAGACUGAACCAUCGAGUGGGAUUUACCUUUGUGUAGACUUAUUACCACUAACCAAUAAAGUUUACUCAUACCCUUAGCAUAUACAGACCACAAAUUAACCUGACUGCAUUGUUGCGAUGCAUCUUUCCACCAGCCGGUCAGACAAAUAACUCGUCAUGAAGAAUGCACCUUCAAUUUCCUGGUAAAACACACUGACAAUGUCAUGCUAAUGCGGUGUCGUGGCGUGUCGGCUGACUUCAUAAUGUUCCAAUGUUCCACGGUAUUGUCUUGCGCGUAUGGU